CGACGAGCCGGACGAGCCCGGCGUCGACCCACUGGUUCGACGAUCGCACGACAGGGGGCUAUUCGAUUCCUCUGUCUACUGUGCAGCGCAGGGCUGUUGCCAGUCGGUGCCCAGCGGCCGAGCUCCAGCCACGGGACGUUACCACCGGCCGAACACGCGAUACUGACUGCCACAUCGACUUUCGAUACACCGACACUGCGACCGCUGCACUUCUUUUGAACACCGACACGAGAAGAGGACGAAAUCUUACUUGAGCGAAUCGAACACUACUUGGCCGACAAGAAGCAGAGAUGCCGGUGGUGCAAUCGAACAAGAAGAAACAUAAUUCGAAAGGAAUGGACAAAAUUAAUGAAGUUGAUAGUCAUAUUACUCAGCGGUACGAAAUUCGGAAGAGACUCGGGAAAGGGGCGUACGGCAUCGUCUGGAAGGCCAUCGACAGACGCUCCGGUGACGUGGUGGCCCUGAAGAAGAUCUUCGACGCCUUCAGGAACCCGACGGACGCUCAGCGCACGUUCCGCGAGAUCCUGUUCCUGCAGGAGUUUCGGCACCACCCUAACGUCAUCCGGCUCCUGAACGUCAUCCGAGCGGACAGCGACCGCGACAUCUACCUCGUGUUCGAGUACAUGGACACGGACCUGCACCAUGUCAUCAAGAAACAGGGCAUUCUGAAGGACAUCCACAAGCGGUACAUCAUGUACCAGCUGUUCCGGGCCACCAAGUACUUACACUCGGCUGAGGUCAUUCACCGCGACCAGAAGCCGUCGAACAUUCUGCUGGACGCCGACUGCAAUGUGAAGGUGGCUGACUUUGGCCUGGCGCGGUCCCUGAGCACGCGGGAGCCCUGCGACACGGAGACGGAGCCGCCGCUCACCGACUACGUGGCCACACGCUGGUACCGGGCGCCCGAGAUACUCCUUUCGGCCAAAUCCUACACAAAAGGCGUGGACAUGUGGAGCCUGGGCUGUAUCCUGGCGGAGAUGCUGCUGGAAAGACCGCUCUUCCCCGGAACAUCCACCAUCAACCAGAUCGAGCGCAUCAUGGCCACCCUGGACACGCCCUCGCCGCAGGACGUGGCAUCCGUCUGCUCGGGGUACGCCUCGUCGCUGCUGGACAGGGCCGUGCUGACCCACCGGCGCCCCCUGACGGCCGUGCUGGCGUCGGACGUGCCGCCGGAUGCUCUCGACCUCGUCACCAAGCUGCUUGUGUUCAACCCCAGCCGCCGCCUCACCGCCGACGAGGCGCUCCGGCACCCCUACGUCAAGGGCUUCCACAACCCGUCCAAGGAGCCGUCGUUCGGCCGCGCCAUCGUGCCGCCGGUGGACGACAGCGUGCAGCUGAGCGUGGAGGCGUACCGCUCGCGGCUGUACGACUUCAUCGCGCACAAGAAGGGGCACGCGCGCGGCGACCGGCCGCUGCCGCAUGGACAGGCGUCGGGUCACACCGCCGCGCGCCACAGCACCGACAGGAAGCGGCCGGUGGCGCACGUGGAGGUGGAGCUGGCCAAGAGCAAGCCGUACGACGCCGGCGACAGCAAGACGCCGUCGCCGACCACACGGCACACGCCGCCGUCGCCGCCGCGGCCGCCCAAACAGUCGGGCGACGGCGGCUCGCCGGCCGUGCGCGCCGCGCCGCGCUUCACCAGCGCCCAGCACCGGCACAGCGUGCAGAACGUCACCAGAGGCCAGGGCUACCCAGACGCUCGCUCGAGCAGCCUGCGCAAGCAGCAGAGCUUGGAGAGCGUGCUGACAUCUGGCGGCAGCCGGUCCGAGUCGGCGCCGCGGCCCGGCCGGCCCGUGCUCUCUCAGCUGAAGGCCGCCUUCGUGCGCAGCCUCGACUACACUAACGUACGCAGGGAGAAGCCCGUCCCGGCCGUGCAGGCUGUGGUACACCACGGCGGCGUGCGGAGGUCGUCGGCUACGGGCGGCUCCAGCGGCCUGCCGCCGGGUCGACACCAGUACGGACUGCAUCACAAGUGACACGGCCGGCUGCCAGCUCGGAGCUGGGCACGUCACCACGCGUUGGGCACUGCUGCCAGCUGGUGCCGAACGCAGCCACUUCUAGUUCUCUUUUCUGUCACUAGACGCGCACGCGGCGCCGCAUGCUGUAGCGCGAACGGCUGGGAGGCUCAAUGAUGAUGUUGGAUGCGUAACAUGUGUAAUGCGGUGACUAUACUGUCCGUAACGAAAAUGGCGUCCAAAAUCUUCCACUUCGCAAAUAGGUCUGAGUAGUACGAUAUACUUAUGAGGAUAGCGUCAUGAAUACUAAAGGAAUCGUGUGC